CAGCAGGUGUUGCUGACUCAACAUGCAGAGAGUGCUGUGUCGAGUGAGAAUACAUGUAGUCCUGGGGAGAGCGAAUAAACAGGAUAAUACACGAAGUUCCUGGAGAAGAGUGAACACUGAAUAAUACGCAGGGAGCCUUGGGAAGAGUGAACACUGGAUAAUACGCAGGGAGCUUUGGGAAGAGUGAACACUGGAUAAUAGGCAGGGAGCCUUGGGAAGAGUGAACACUGGAUAAUACGCAGGGAGCUUUGGGAAGAGUGAACACCGGAUAAUCCGCAGGGAGCCUUGAGGAGAGUGAACACUAAAUAAUACGCAGGGAGAAUUGGGAAGAGUGAACACAAGAUAACACACGAGGUUCCUUGAAAACGAUUGAACACCCACAAUAAAGUUGCAAACGACUGAACACGGAUGUCUGUGUACUAUUGAACACAUAAAUAGUGAAAUUAACUACACAGAACUGUGUUCAGUGAGCAUAAAUCUCCACCAUGAAGAUCUCAGUAAUAUUCUUAUCAAUUAUAUUUCUGGCUCUUUCAAGUGCUGUUGAUGGGUCUACAGGUGCUGUUGAUGGGUCUACGAGUGCUGUUGGUGGGUCCACAGGUGCAGUUUCCAGCAGGCGACGAGCUUCUCCACAGGUGUUGACCAGCCCAGGCCACUUCCAAGGUCACCCAGGCGACUCCAUCGCAUUGCCUUGCUCCAUCAAGAAUGUCGGAUCCAGACGAGUGAACUGGGUGAAGGGUACCUCAGCCUCCGGCCGGAGGCCCAUUAUGCAGGUGAAAAAGGCAAGAAGAAAGUUCAUUAUUCCCAAGCCAUACCGACGGAUCAUCCGCGAGGGCAAGCUAGGCACUGCAGGCACUGACCUUGUCAUCCACCACCUGACACCAGAAGACACUGACAGCUACACUUGCAGUAUAGCUCGACACAGAGUCACUCACACCCUCCAGGUCUUAGAGGCUGAGAGUGUCGUAGAGGAGCCAUCACCUUACAUCAUGGUAGUGUACGACCCGCCCACCAUGAGGGCGUAUGUAGUCGAGGGCGAAACGACCACUCUCUCCUGCGAAGCUAAUGGACACCCCGCCCCUACCGUCCUCUGGCGUCGUCAGAACGAGGAACAGGUGCUGAGUGAGGGCCCGACGCUACACCUGGUCAACAUCAGAAGGGAAGACGCUGGCUACUACUUCUGCUCUGCUUCUAAUGGUGUCCUGGAUCCCCAGGAGCGAGCCUUUUACCUCCAGGUCAAGUUGUCAGCAGAUGUGUGGGUGGAGGCUGAGGUCAGCAAGGUGGUAGUAGCCAGUGAGGAGCCGAGAGCCCUGCUGACCUGCCAGAUCAAAGGUCAUCCCAAGCCCAAGGUAACCUGGUACACGGACGAGGGACCUGUAUAUAACGAUACAGGGCAUUACUUCUUCUCCAAGGACGACCUCUACUACCUCCAGCUGGAAAACAUGACACCUUUAGCUCUAGGGGACUAUAAGUGCCGGGCUCACAACGAGGCAGGGGAAGACAGUGCCACCAUCACCGUAGAGGCCACCCCUGGCCCCGUCCAGGUGCUGGAGGCCUCCCCUACAUCCACCUAUGGCCUCUACAACAUCACUUGGGAGGUAGAGAGCCUAGCGCCUGUAGAUUACUACUUCGUCUCCUACAAUCAGGAAGGCAGUAGUGAGGUGGAAAGAAGGACUGUGAGCUCCACACCACAGAUAAACAGAAGUGGUACCCACUACACAGAGAGCACCCUGGUGGACCUCACCCCAGGGAUCACGUACCACCUGACGGUGCGGGCCGUGGCCAAAGGGCAUCUUCCAGGUCUUCCUAUGGAGGAAAAUUUCUUCUUUACAGCCUCUGAUCCAGCUUCCGCCCAUGAAAUGAGUGACGGGACCUGGAAUUUGUUGAAGUCAGCACUUACCGUCAUCUCCCGUCUACCGAAAGUAGUUAGGGACAUGCAGUAGGUGAACAGAUCCUCAUCGAGUGGUUCAACAGGGAUACCUGUGACUAGCUUCCAGGUUGUUUCUGCUGUUGACUGCCUGUUCAACGAGGCUGUUGCUGUUGGCGACCUGCCGGCACCCAUCUAACGACAGGUUAUUUAAGAGCCGAAUUUGGCAUUAUGGGCGGUGGCACUGUAAUUGGUGCAGUGUAGCACAUUGUAUUUGGGUGUGACACUGCAUCUUGGGGUGGCACUGUACCUGGGGUGGCACCGUACCUUGCUGUCUACUUUGCUAUCCUGUCUACUGUCGACAGUUGAUGAAUUAGACACACGUAGAACACUUGGUUAACUUUACUGGCUUCAUCAGUCCUAAACAAAGAAGAAUGGGGAAGAUCGGAAGGAGUUUGAGGUAAUCGGUUGUGUUUGCGGGGUUAAGGUUCAGCUCUUGGCCCAGCCUUUUAACCUUAAAAACUUGUUGGUUUGUAGUGGUUGCUGGUCCUUCUGGGCCCUAUCGUACGUAUCCUUCAAGCUGUGUAUGAAAUAUGUGCCCUCAUGGGCUCCACUUUUUGUAAAUUAAAAAAUACCUUUUAUAUUUACAUGAGAUUUACAUAAUAUAUUUACAUGAAAUUUACAUUAUAUAUUUACAUUAGAUUUACAUAAAUAUAUUUCGAUGAGAUUUACAUAAAUAUAUUUCGAUGAGAUUUACAUAAAUAUAAAUGCAUGAGAUGUACAUAUAUUUACAUAAGAUUUACAUAUAUUUACAAGAAAUUUACAAAUUUACAUGAGAUUUGCAUAAAUAUAUUUAAAAAAAAUAUUAUAAUUAUUAAUAGUGUGUGAGUCUAGAAAAUAGGAUAGGAAUUAAAUAGAAAAAAUCCAUUUUUUGGCACUUUUUUUUAAUCAUAUCAGGAUAAAUUUUGAGCUAUGGUGCCA